CUUACUUCUUUACGUUUGGUGGAAAAUUCAAAAACAAGAAAAACAUAAUUUUCUUCACAAUCAAUUUAAAUGAGUUUUCUUGGCUAGAAAAAUGAUGUUCACAGUCAUCAAGUAUGAACCUAUGAUGCUGAAUUGAUUCUUGAGGCAAUGAAGUGAGGAGACCCUUGACAAAUCAACAUGGCUUCACCUAGGGGGGUCAAUGAACUAUCCAAACUAAGGGCUGAGAAUAUUGCGCUAGCAGAAGAAUUGGCUCAAUGUCAGGCAGACAAGGAGUUUGUUUGGUCGCUAUGGAAACGACUACAAGUGGCAUCGCCAGAUAUCACACAAUCUAUUGGACUGGUCAUACAAAGGGAAAAGGAGAAAGCAGAACUGAAAGACCGCAAGGUUCUGGGGAUUCUUCAGUUGAAAGAUGACAAAAUAGAACAACUCCAGAAAACAGUUGCAUCUCAAUCGAAGGAACUCAGUGAAUUUAUCAAUAGAAAACUUGAAAUACAAGAUGAGGUGAACAGACUACUUGCAGAGAACCAUGUUCUAAGACAGCAACAUACACAACUCAAGCAACAGGUGGUCUCUAUUGGGGAGGAAAAGACUAGUUCAAGUGAACAGAACCAGAAAGAGAUCUAUAAUCUGAAGCAAGAAAAAUAUGAUUUCAACCAGAGAAUCACUGAUCUGAGUAAGCAAUGUGCAAUUUUGAACAGUGACAAGGCAGACCUAACUGCUGUAAAGCAUACCCUGGAGAACAAGAUCAAGGGUUUGGAAACUGAACUGAAAAUGUGGGUGGAAAAACAUGCCUCUGUGUCUAAAGAUCAUGACGAGUCAAGAAAGUUGCUGAAGAAGUGUGAGGUGCAGCUGAAAAAACACACAAGAGAUAUAGAGGCUAAAAACAAAGAACUUGAGAAUGUCAGGAAGGAGUUAUCAGAACUAUGGAUGACACACAGGCAAUGUACAGAGCAUGCAUCAGCACAGAAUGACAUCAUUCAACAGCUACAGGCUCUACAGCAUGACACCCAGAAGGUGCUAGAAACACAAGAGACUAAAAGGACUUUAGAGAACAAAUCUCUGCAACAGCUUUAUAAUGAGCUGGAAGUGAAGUAUGCUGCUACUAGGGAUUCCGAAAACCAGCUAAGACAAGACACUAUAGAGCUAAAUAAGCAACUGCUCCAGAGUGAGAGUGAAAUAAGGAACCUACAGAAACAAGUGGAUGAUUUAGAUGUUGCCAAUAAAAGUAUCGCUACGCAGGCCUCCCUAGAAAAUGAGGUUUGUGCAAGAGAGGAGGCAGAGAAGAUAGCUGACUUGGAAAGUGAAGUUGAUGAUCUAACUUCUAAAAUAGCUGAACAGAACAGAAUCAUUCGAAGAUUAGAGACCUCUGAAGCACUAUCACCCCGUCCACUCUCCCCCAUUCACAAUUCUUCACCUCAUCCAAGGUCAAGGUCAGAUAGGUCACCCUUUAGGUCAGAGAGGUCACCAAUGAAGUCAAGGCUGGAAAGGUCACCUGUAAGGUCAUCUCCUAAAAAGAUCUCUCAAACUAAGGAAUUGCAGAGAAGACUUGAAUCAGCAGAGAAGAAAUACAAAGAUGCUCAACACUUGAUCAAAUUAAAGGGUGAAGAGUUGAAGCAACUACGCAGUGCUCACAGCAGGAGACUAGAUAGAUUGAAAGCACUCCAAGCUGAUCAUAAACUUUUACGCCAACAGCUAGUCACCGCUGAGGAGGAGUUACAUGGUGUUAAACGCAAGAAGGCCAAGCUGAGUAGGUCAACACCCAAGGACUUACAAAAUGAAGAUACAGACACUGUAUGGAAUGAACUGACUUACUUCAAACAAGAGAACAAAAAUCUGCAAGUUGAAAGGAUGAACUUAAGUGAAGAGGUUGAUACAUUAAGGGUACAGACCAAGCAAGAUGCAGCUACUAUACAUGAGCUGAACAUGUGUAUUGAACAAGAGAAACAAGAACUAAGAUAUGCUCUUGAUGAGAUUUCUCAUUCUAAGCCAGAAUAUGAAAAUCGCAUCGCAUCACUGAAAGAAGAACUGAACGAUGCUAUCAUAAAACUUAAGAUAUCCGAGGACGAACUAGAUUCAUUGAGGGGACAGUGUGACAAUCUAUUGAAAACAACAGAUAAUGUAGAAACAGAGAAAUUAUCUUGGAUGGAUGAAAGAAGAGCAUACAAGAGUGAAGUGAAUGAAUUGAAGGAAAGUGAAGCCAACUAUAGAAUACAAAUAGCAGAUCUAAAACGAGAUAUUCACAGACUCAACUUGCAGCUGAGGGUUCAUGCUAGCAAGGGUUCCCCUAGUACCCCUAAUAGGAGGAGAGCCCCAGUAGGGGGGAAGCAGAAGCUAAGCCCAUCAAGACACUACCAGAAGAUGCUCAACAAGUCCAUAGAGAAGAUGAGCAAUAUGAUUGAGGGAUUCAAUGAUGAUGAUUGGCAGGAGGUCUCAGACUCAGGAGAUGAGAGCAAUGACCUAGAGGAGUCAACUGGUACAGAGGCAAGUCUCGGAGCUAAUAUCGUCAAGGCAACAAGAAGAACACAGGCCAGGGAGGAUCCCAUAGCUUCAAAUGUAGCUGUAAAAGAUGUUGCCACAUCUCCGCUGAAAUCUGGACGUAGAGCAAUGCAUAGAGGGAAUACUAUUAGUCAACAACAGGCAAAGCAACAAAGUCUCCUGAGGCACAGAGUCAGCUCAUUGCAACAACAGGUGUCAAUCCUAAGAGGUGCUAAACAGUCACUACAGAAAUCACUGAAUGGACAGAAAUCUCUAAAUGAACAACUGCAAUCAGAUCUGAAUGUGGCAAACCAAAGGCUCCUUAUUAAUAGGAGAGAAAUUCAGAAAUUAGGAGGAGACUUGGAGAAAGCAGCCAUUGAUAAGGAUAUGGUGCCACCUAUUGAGAAGAAUCAACACACCGAGUCAGACUGGAAGCAUCUUCAGAACAGACUGCGGGAUUCAGCCAAUGAAGUUAGCAAACAGUCAACUCUUAUUAAGAGUCUGCGUGAAGAAAAUGAUGAACUACGGGAACAAAUUAAACAAUUAAAUGAAAGGGUAAAUCGUCUUGAGCGGGACAAUGGUCAAAAGAGAAUCCUACUGGAAGAUGUGCGUCUGAAAUUGAAAAUAUCUCAGGAAAAUGCUAAUACAGAUACAAAGGCAAUGGCUGAGGUGGAAAACAGACUUCGUAGUGUCACAGAAACAAGUGAUAGAUUUAAGACACAAUGCGACUCUCUCAGAAAGCGUCUCGGUGUAGCCACCAAGGAAAAACAAGAAUAUGAAGAGAACUAUAGAAAAACCUCUGCACAAUUGGAUAAGAAGACUAAGGCAAUAUCAGAGCUCCAAGCGAAGGUAUCUGAACUACAAUCUAGUCUACAGGAGGUGGAGCGCAUGGCGGAGCGACAGCUGUAUGGCUUAGCCAAUCAGAGUGAAGAAGCAAUCGAGACAGCUCAGAAUAAACUUGUCAAAAUGCACACCAAUGUGCAGGAAUACCAGUCGUUUUUAAAAAAUUUCUCCCAUGAUCUGCUUAGAAGUAUACAGCAAACAAGAGCAGAGAUAUAUCGCCAAAAACACAAACCAUCCACUACUGCUGAGUCGUUACGUAAAGCCAAGCUUGUAGCUGGUAAUAUUCUCAACCUUAGCCAAUCAGAUGUCGAGGAGCUCAUGAUUGGAGAGGAGUUAAAAUCUCAGGCCACUGAAUUGGAGCAAGGAAAGAAAAGAGACCAAAAGUGGAGUAAAAAACUAGAGAAGAUAUUGACCAAGAAAGAAUUCGAAAGCGACUUGACUGAAAUGAUGAGUGAGAAGUUAGAAGAGAAAUUGGACUUAAUACACACUCUGUAUGAGAACAGAUGACACACUGAGCAGUUAACACAUUGAACAGAGGACACAUUGAACAGUUUACACUCUGAACAUAUGACACAUUGAACAGUUGACACACUGACGGUUGACACAUUGGACAGUUGACACAUUGAAUAGUUGAACUACUGAGCAGAUGGCAUUCUGAACAGUUGACACACUGAACAAAUGACAAACUAAAAAUAUGACACACUGAACAAAUGACAAACUAAAAAUAUGACACACUGAGCAAAUGACACACUGUUAGCUAAGAGCUGGAAU